AUGUUCUCUUAAUAACAAUUUCUUUUAAUUUUGGACAAUUCACCUAUUCAUAAAAGCAAAAAAGUUAGGAAGCUUUUGAUUGUAGUUAGGAACAAUUUUUUGCCACCAUAUUCUCCUCAAUUGAAUCCAAUUGAAAAAUUAUGGCAUCUACUCAAAUAGCACAUUUAUAAAAAUAUCACAACUUGCUCAUCAGAAAUGAUAAAUUAAUUCAUUAGUUUUUUGGAAAAUUUAAGGAUAUGA